UAUUUGAAUCAAGAGAUCUCAGAACAAUAACAAUGUGAUCUUGCAGACUAAACAAGAGAUCUCAUAAUAAUAAGAUUUUCAGUCUAUAGAAGAUUUCUGUAGCCAACGAUUGUUAGUUAGUAAGCUUGAGGUUUUAGAAAUAAACGAAUCUUUUUCACCCACGUCUUAGUAAUUCACUAUAAGUAAAAUAACGUGAACGGAUAACGUGAAAUAAUUAAAAGCGUAUCGACACUUUAUUCUUUUCACCUCUGCUCGGACUUGAGACUUCACUGGCGCAGUCUUGGGCUUUGGAAGGGAGGAAAAACACCUCAAAGCCCUUCUCAGAACUACAUAUCAACCUAAAUCCGCGUAGUGAAAACCACGAAAAGAAGCAAUCCACAUAAUAUCUAUAAAUCAGUAUUUGUGUGAUAAAUCAACCUUAUCUAGUAGCAAGUCUUUAUGCUGUAACCCUAAAAUAGACCGGUUAGGGGUUAGAUAAUAAUAAAUUUAGUGAAAAGUGGAACGUGCUUUAUUUUUUACAAUAUUAAACCAGUAGAUCAUCGGAUCAUCAGGUCAACAGAAAAAUGGAACUAAUGAUCCUGCAACUAAUAAACCUGCUAUUUUGGAUGCUAACGGAAGCCACUCUAAUGGUUGAGGAGAUUAAAACGAAUAUCGGAUAUACUGAAAUCAAACUGGAUGAUAUUCAAUUGGUACAAACCCAACAAACAAUAUUGCAUCGAAUCAAGCUAAAACACAUACAAGAAGCCUUGAUAGAAAUUAAAAAUUCACCUAUCACUAACUACAGCAUAGAUCAACGUACUUACCUAUCUCAAGAGAGAAAAUCUAGAACAGCAAUACCUUACAUUACUGUCAGGCCAGUAUACUUCAGCCUAUAUUUAUUAACGAUAUAAGAGCAAAAGUACUGACACGUAGACGUAGAGGACUAAUUAAUCCCAUGGGCAAUAUUUAUAAUUGGCUCUUCGGAUUAAUGAGCGACUCUGAUAGACAACACAUUGAAGAACAUUCAAAUACCAUUGAUUCAAAUAAUCACGAAAUAAUCGAUCGAAUUAAUAAACAAAUACAAAUUAAUAACAAAUUAGAACAGAAUAUUCAGAAUAUUACUCAAUUGAUAAAAGCUAAUGCUAAAGUAUUAGAUACAAAUAUUGCCUAUUUGAGUCUUAUUUUUAAUAUACAUCUACUACAAGAUCAAAUUGAGAUAAUUCAAGAUAAUUUGAUAUCCGCUAGAUUAGGAAUAAUGAAUCGUCACAUUUUGACAAAAGAUGAAAUUUUGCAAAACAAAAUAAAUAUUCAUCAAUUGGAACACAUUGAACUAGCAGUACUUACCAAUACUAGAAAUAAUCAGGAAAUUAUAUUUGUCAUUAGAUUACAAGAAGAUUUGAUAAUUACACCAAGAUACUAUGUAAUACCGAUACCUGAUAAGGAUCAAUAUCAAAUAAAUUUUGAACCACAAACUAUUGUAAAGAUUAAUGGAAUAGCAUAUGACUCUUAUAAUGAAAAUCAUGUAAAACAUUUGAAGGCUAACCAAUUAUGUAUAUAUGUAAACAGAGUAUGCAAUAAAGAGAAAGUAACAACAAAUCUAAUCAAAGAAAUAGAAACAGAAUUAGUAAUCACCAUCAAUGCUGUAAGAAAUUGGAACAGCACCUGUGACGAAAGAGCAGCAGCUUAAAGCAAGUCAGAUAACUUUAACUAAAUUUUUCAAACCGUCAACAUCUGGAAAAGCUUCUCAACUGCAAUC